CUACAACUACAACAAUGAUCACAACAAGUACAACAGAAUCACCCAGAGAGAGGCCGGGCGUUGUCAAAGUUGAUCCUAGAGGAAGGCCUAUUUUUGGGGGUUCGAACCAGAGUCGACCUUCUAUUGACUGGAGGAACACUGGAACUAAUUCUAUUCCGGAUUCAGACAGCAGCCGGCCUAAAUGGGCCCCCUCCCCUUCACUCCCUGCUGCCCCUGGGGCCCCAGUUGUAAGAUCCAGACCGAGGAUUGCAGACCCGCACAUCAGGACAGUGUCUUUCCCAGCAGAGAGCACUGCCAGGCUGGCUUGUGAAGCUCAAGGAGAGCCAAAGCCCUCCAUCACGUGGACCAAGGUCUCCACAGGAGCGUUGAUGUCAAUUCACUCCAGGGCAGAGCGUUUUGUGGUCCUGCCAAAUGGCACUCUAGUUAUCCAGAAUGUUCAGCUGCAGGACAGAGGCACAUACAUCUGCAGUGCACAGAGCGUUCUGGGUCGCGACAGAUUGCUAACCAACCUGGAGGUGUGGACACGCCCCCCUCGGAUGCAGCUGGCCAUCUACAGAGACAUUACCAUUCAUCAGGGUGGAGAGGUGCACUUGGAGUGCCAGGCGGAUGGUGUUCCCAGCCCUCUGCUCUCCUGGGUUUUGCCUGAUCGUUCUGUCCUGACCUCCAGUUCUGCCUCCACCAGUCGCAUUACUAUGGACACGAAUGGUACCCUCCAUAUCUCAGCAACUUUAACCGGUGACAGAGGCGUGUACCGCUGUGUGGCCUCCAACUCAGCAGGUGCAGCCAGUGCCUCUGCGCGUGUACAUGUGUCCUCCUUGCCCCCUGUUAUACAGCAAGCCAAAGAGCAACACCUGCUUUUAUCUCCUGGGAGGCCUGUUUAUGCUCAUUGCUCUGCCAGGGGAGCCCCGCCACCAACUCUGCGCUGGCGAAUUCCAGAUGGGACUAUAGUCCGCCAAUCCCAGUUUCUUCAUGGCAACCUUUUCGUCUUGCCCAAUGGGACACUGCAUAUUCGAGGAGUUCGGCAUAAGGACUCUGGGAAUUACGAGUGCAUAGCAAGCAAUGCUGUUGGAGCCGAUAAGAGAACAGUUAGGGUAGAAAUUGAAGGGUCAGCAGAAGGUGAAAGAAGCCAGAGUGAGGCAAGAAAUGAGGAAGCGAAAGCCACUGAAAAAACAUCUCCCUUAUCUUCACUAAAUAAAGACAGAACUUUAUCCAUCCCCAGCCACCCUUCAAAUUCAUUCAACUCUGCUAGACUCUCUGCUUCAUCGCCCUUUGAUAGAUCCCGGACCUUGCCGCUCAAUCCCAGUUCUUCUCGCUCAUCUUUUUACCCUCACCCACCCACUGCCACUAACUCACCUCCUAAAAUCAAUAAAACAGUCACUGCCUACCCCACACGCAACAUCAACAAAACAAAACUCUCCCCUCUCUCCCCAUCCUCCACAAUGCCUACAAAUAACACCAAAGUCUCAGCUGGCAUUAUAAAUAACACAAAAGUUAUCUCUUCCUCCCUCUCGAAAAAAAAUACAGCCUCAGCUGCUUUGCAUCCCUUACCUGUCUCCCCCUUCAGUAAAGCCCUUAUUGUCUCUACAUCACCCUCCAGCACUACUGUACAAUACGGGAUCUUCUUGCAGCUUCACUGUUCUGUAACUGGAAACCCACCACCUAUCAUAAUUUGGAGGACCCCUAUUAGGAAACUGGUGGACAUGCAUUACAGUUUUGACCAUCGUUUGAAGGUGCACCCUAAUGGAACUCUGUCAAUCCAAGCAUUAACUGAGAAGGACGCUGGAGACUACCUCUGUAUCGCGCGCAACAAGGUCUCAGAUGAUUAUCGCCUCCUUCGUGUCUCUGUUGUUACUAAGCCUGCCAAGAUCGAGCCCAAGCAACCACUCAAUCAGAUUGUGUCUUUUGGCACACCACUGAAGGUGGACUGCCAGGCAUCAGGACUGCCUGACCCAUCUGUGCGUUGGAGCUUACCAGAUGGAACCAUUGUGAACAGCGUGAUGCAGGGGGAGGACAGAGGAGGGAGACCACGGAGGCUAACAGUGUUUGACAAUGGGACGUUACUGGUACCAGCAGUCGGGAUGGGAGAAGAGGGAGAGUUCACGUGUUAUGCUGAGAAUCGAGGAGGCCAAGACACCAUGAAGGUCAAAGUAAAGGUCAUGAUGACAUCUCUACCAACCUUUACUGAUGACAGAAGCCAACACGUCAUCAAAGUACGUGAAGGGGCAACCGCUACAAUUCCCUGCCAAGCCACUGGAGUUCCUGCCCCGACGAUGACAUGGUUUUCCCCGACCCACCGUGUCAUCCCCAAAAGUUUGGGAUCUGGUUUUUAUUCUGAGAGGGUUGUGGUGGUUUCGGGUGGAACUUUGGAGGUGCGUCUGGUUCAAAAGAUCGACACGGGAAACUAUACCUGCAGAGCAAGCAACUCAGCCGGGGAAAGGAGCAUGCUGGUGAGCCUGGAAGUGGAGGCUGCUAACCAUGGACAGAGUGGCCAGCUGGGAGGAAGAGGUUGGAGUACUAGCAAUCAGCCUGACAGUGGUCAUAGCAGUAGAUCAGGGGAAAGCCCUAAUAAUGCAGGGACACGCCAAGUUGGAUUUACCAAUGGAGACACAAGCAAGCUUGGCAGCAAUGACAGCAUAAAUAAUGGCUAUAGUGAUAAUGAUGGCAGGACAAAAAACAUUGUACCAAAUGCUGGCACUAACAUAGGGACCAGUGGCUUUUAUCCUGCCCUUAGGAGUGAUAGUCGAGAUGGAUUGAACAGACCUCUCAGUGGAAUCACAACACAACUAGGAAGAAGUGUUAUCAGUGUUGGGGUGAGUGGGGCUAAAAAUACAGGAGUUAAAGCAGAUAGCAUUGGAACAAAUCAAAAUGGACCCGGCAUUACAAGUAAUAGUAAUAGCCUGAGUAGCAGUCACAGCACAGUUAGAUCAGAUAAUGUCGAAAGGAAUCCUGGGACUAAUACUAAUGAAGUAAAUGCAGGAGCCAAUGUCAGGAUACAUAUGUCUAAUACAGGAGCUAUUACUGGCUCACUCAGUGGAAAUGUGUUUAGUAGAAGUAGCAGUAAUGGUGUUAUAGCUGCUGGUAAUACAGGAACUAAAAACAAUACUAACACAGUUGUGGGGGUUGUAACGACAGUCAAACAGCAAGCUGUGAAAGGCCAAACUGUGGUUUUGCCAUGCCCCUCCCAAGGCUCCCCUCCCCCUCGUCUGGCCUGGCUUCUGCCUGGUAAUGGCGUGUUGCCAGCUCCUUACUAUGGCAGCAGACUCACUGUGCACCGAAACGGCUCUUUGGAGCUGCGAGGAGUGCGCGCCAGCGAUUCUGGGACCUUAGUAUGUGUGGUCAGAAGUGAGAGAGGACAGACGAGGAUCCAGGUGGAGCUGGAGGUCUCUGAGCCACAAGAAGAUGCCAGACUUUCACACAGGGGACGGGCUGAUGAAAGGCCUGUGCAAGGGAGUGUUGGUGUAAUAGUGGCGCCUCGCCCGGGAGCCUCAUUAGAUUCAGCUAAAUCCUUAAGCUCAAGGCCAGUGUUGCCUGAGGUGCUUCAUCCAAAAAUCCAAGUUACUCAAAAGCCUUUUCACAGAGGCCAGUCUUUGCCUGCCGCACCUCGUCCUCUUCCUUGGCCCUCCUCCCGUUCAUCAAGCUCUGUGUCAGUGCCAGCAGUAAUUACCAGAACAGCUCCCUUGGUGAGCAUUGUUAAUGGAGAGAACCUCCGGCUGCCUUGCCCUGCUUCUCAAACCAAUGGACAUACCCAGGGCUCUCUCUCAUGGACCAUACCCAGUGGCAAAGUCCUGUCCCGGGGUGAAAGUGAUGACUCAGGCCGACACAAAGUCCAAGAAGAUGGAAUUCUGACAGUCCAACAGGCCUCCGUGUUCGACCGCGGCACCUUUACCUGCAGAUCCACCAGUGGCGACUCGGUUUCAGUCAUCACGGUUCCCGUCAUCGUCAUCGCAUACCCCCCACGCAUCACAAUAGGCCCCUCCCCUGUGACCUACACACGACCCGGGGUGGCUGUGGAGCUGCCGUGUCGGACGAUAGCAACACCCCGGGCGACUGUCACCUGGGAAACACCAGACCUGACACAGCUGAGGGUCAUGGGUCAGGCUCGUAUUUAUGGCAACCGCUACCUUAGUCCUCAAGGUUCCUUGGUGAUACAAAACCCGACAAGUAGGGAUACAGGAUUUUACAGAUGCACUGCCAAAAAUGUCAUAGGAGUGGACACCAAGGCAACCUACCUGCAUGUUAUAUAACAGGGUGAAGUAAACACACACACACACACACACACACACACACACACACACACACACACACAAUCAGCAGAACAAGACACUUUAAGUCUACUGUACCAGUGGAUGAACUCCUCUGCUGAUAACACUUUAUGUUUCCCAUAUGCCCAAAGGAACUGCAAGGCUUUAUACAGGAGAUACUGUUGAAUCUCACAAAAGACAAUAAUAAUAUACAUGUAUACAUUAUGUCUCAUUUAUGUAUUUGUAUGACUUUGAUUUCAAUACAUUUUUGUUUGAAAUAUCAGGAGUUGAAGGAUUCUUUGCUGAUACAGCAUCAUACAUUUUUCUUUGCAUAAACAAAACAAUGACCGACAAAGCAGUGUAUAUUUAAAGGCCCAAAUCAGUACCUGUGGACCUUUUCACUGCAAACAUGCGUCACAUUUUAGUAUUGCCAGACAAGACAAGCAAGCUUUACUUGGCCUGAUUGUUCUAUACUGCAGUAUAGAAUACAGUAUUUUUCACAGAAUAAGGACGAAAACAUACAUUUUCCUGUCCUUCACAACUGUCAAAACGCACAUUAAUAUUCGAUUUGACCUCAUAUCAUAUAGUCAUGUUUGAAUUUGGUGUAUAUUUAUAAAAUAUUAGAUUUUUUUUACAUACUUUCAAAACGGGACAUCAUUUACACUAUUUAAAUGUAGUAUUUCAACUUGAUAUUUACCCUCUAUCUACAUUUUUUAUUUAUAACGUACAUAAAAAAGGUGUUAUUUUGUUGUUGUGAUGCAUAUGCAGCGAAAAGUCCAUUGGCAGCCACUGCCCAAGCGUUACAGUGAAUGGGUAGAAGACAUGAUGAGGGCUCAAGCAUUGUGAUCCAACUAGUUUAUUCAGGAUUUUUUGAACCUAUUAAGUCUUCUUGUUAUUUUAUGGAUUUAAAACAUUGCCAACAUUAUUUUACCACCUUUGAGCACAUCCCACAUUCUCGCAGCAUUAAUGGGGUAGAAAGAGACACGGUACAAAGCAUUCAUGCAAACACAAUAGUCUGUUCUUUGAAGAGUGAUCUUUGUGAUUAUUUUGAUAUUAAAGAUUGUAUAAAUGUAUGUGUGGUUUAAGAGCCUUCCCUAAGGUUGAGCACAAAGCCAGCAGCUCAUAGUUAUCAUGUUUCCUCUUUCCCUUGAUGUUUUUUUUGUUUUGUUCGUAAAUUAUUUGUCUUGUAAAGACUGUUGCAAGAUGUGUUUUGUCAUAAAGGGAGAAAUUAUUAAAUAUCAUUAUGUAUGUCAAUAGUUACCAAUGAAUGACUGCUUGCUAUAUUUUUGAACAGCUUCAUUUUAUAAAUAAAACUGAAGAAAUUACUGAAAGUGUACUACAUGAAAUGGCAGCAGUCAAAACUAAGUUUUGUUCAGAAAAGAUACAGAGUGUGUGUGGGGAGAUUCUGUCAGAAAAGUUAAAAACUAGUGUGGGUGCGAGAAAGGAAGGUUUUCCUUGAGUAUAUUAUGAGAACAGAAACUCCCCGGCUCAGCUGUCCAACUAGGAAAUGGGGUCUUAACUAAAGAUGGGACACAUGUUGAUGACAUCAUAUUGCUCUCCCUGGGAAAUGUAAUAAACUAACAGCAGGCUUCA